UAAAGUAAAUGGUGUUUCUUUUCACGAAUAAAGGAGACUGGAGGAUACUGGAGGUAAGUUCGUACCUUUCCAAGCGAAUUGUACGAGCCUAGUUCCCAGCCGACGAUGGGGCUGAAGAGCCAAAGACAGAAGGAGGCGAGAAAGGAGCUCAAGAGGACCUUGCGCGCCUCAGAGCUGUGCCCCCACUGUCGGAAGAAAGUCACCGACCUGGAGGAACACCUGAAAAGCCAACACUCCAUCAGUUGCGUGAAGUGCGGGCAGCGCUUUAGGGAUCAGCAAAGCUGGAAGCACCACAUGAGGGACCUUCAUGGCCUGGCUGAGACCGAAGCGGCCAAGGCAGAUCGCCAUGCCAAGCUGCAGAAGUGGACGCGUGAAAGGUCAAAGAAGUCUAAGGGGAAGAGCAAGGACAGCCAAAUCGAAGUGACUCCGCCGGGCCUCUAUCGCCACUCUUGCGAUCUGUGUGGUGCAGAGGUGGACUUGGCCGUCAAUCUGGCAGGGCAAGGGCUGACCUUCAAAUGUGCCAUUAUGGGCCGUGCUUGCUCAGGUCCGAAGAGCGCCCCGGUGAUGGCGCCCGCCGUCCCAGUGACGCCGGUGGCGUCAGCGCCAGGCGCAGGCGCAGUCAUGGCGGUGGAUGUGCCGGUGCCCGAUGACGAUGACCUGUGAGCCCAGCAUGGUCUUGGACGCGGAAACCAUAG